GUUUUCUUACACAUACUCGAAGGAAAACGGACAGAAAGCAAUCUUUAACAUGCAGAAAGGGGGUUGCUUUUGAUAGCUCAGAUUCGAUCGAGGGAGGCAGAGAAGAAUGUGUCGGGGGAUGGUGGUGGGUUUGAUGAUGAUGCCCAUGCACGCUCUCCACCUCUUCCCCUGUCCUAUUCUCCUCUCUCUUUCUCUAUGGCACGCCUACCAUUCCUCCUCUUUCAUGUGCAUGUCAGGUGAAUCCCCCAGCAUCCGCAACCAGGGAAUAGGUAAAAGGCAGAAGCAAUAUGUUCUUACUCUCCUUGGACUUUGGACAUCUUCCCAUUAGUCUUUUGUGUUGCAUGCUUACUGUAUACCUAACCGAAGGACCACCCUAGCCAAUCCUCAAGUGUGUAGAAUACAAAGAAACCUGAUAGGAAAGCAAGCAAAAGCAGAGCAGGAGAGCAGAAACUGGGGAAAGAAAUGGGUUCCUCCAUACCCCCAACUCAUCGGUUGCACCAAAAGCAUCAAAAGGAAGGCAAGCAUGCACCCACCACCCACUCACCAAUGUUCAAUCUCAGCACAUACCCAAACUCCUCUCUCUCUCUCUCUCUCUCUCUCUCGCUCGCUGCCUUGUUUUAAACCCUACCUUGCUCUCCUUUUCUCAGCUCCUUCCAAGCAACUAUUCUCUUCUUGUUUUGUCUCUCUAUGUGGAGCGGAGACCCCUUCGUUAGAUGGACACCUUAUUUAGAUUGUUCAGUCCACAAUCUUCCCGUGACCUGAGUCGCAAUUCAAGUAGCUCGAGAUCCUCUGAGCCUCACCAGAUCCAUUACCAGCACUCCUUCUUGCACCAAAACUCCUUUGCUCGUCAGCAAGAGGUGGAGUUCUACCGAGAAGAAUGCGGCACCGAGCAUCACCUUUACAUGGAUGAAGACUUCUCCUCCUCCUCGUCCUCGAAGCACUUCCAGAACCCACAUCAACCUCCCUCAACCACCACCACCACCACCACCACCACCACGCCAACCCCGACUCCCAUCUUCGAUCCUGCUGACCUGUCCUUGACUCAGGACCUCAACCUCGACUUCGCCUCGCCUUCCUCGUCCUCUGUCGGUGCCUCCGGUGCCGGCCGGAGAUGGUCGUCGCAGCUGCUGAUCGAGUGCGCCCGCGCCGUCGCGGCGCGCGACAGCCACCGGGUGCAGCAGCUCAUGUGGAUGCUGAACGAGCUCUCGUCGCCUUAUGGCGACACAGAGCAGAAGCUAGCGGCUUACUUCCUCCAGGGCUUCUUUGCUCGCCUGACGUCCUCCGGGCCCCGGACGCUGCGUACCCUUUCCGCCGCCUCCGAUCGCAACUGCUCCUUCGACUCUACACGUCGCACCGCGCUCCGGUUCCAGGAGCUCAGCCCCUGGUCCUCCUUUGGUCACGUCGCCGCCAACGGGGCCAUCCUCGAGGCCUUCCUCGAUCCGUCCUCGGCGUCGCAGAGAUUGCACAUACUCGAUCUCAGCAACACCUUCUGCACCCAGUGGCCGACGCUGCUGGAGGCGCUGGCUACGCGGUCCGCCGACGACACGCCCCACCUCUCGAUCACGACGGUCGUGUGGUCGGCCUCGCCGUCGACGGCCGUGCAGACGGUCAUGAGGGAGAUCGGGCAGCGGAUGGAGAAGUUUGCGCGGUUGAUGGGAGUGCCCUUCCGGUUCAACGUAGUCCACCACGCCGGCGACCUGUCGGACCUCGACCUCGACACCCUCGACCUGAGGGAGGGCGACAGCUCGGCCCUGGCCGUGAACUGCAUCAACGCGCUCCACGGCGUCUCCCCCGCAAACCGCCGCCGCGAGACACUCAUCGCCGCCAUCCGGCGCCUCCAGCCGCGGAUCGUGACAGUGGUCGAGGAGGAGGCCGACCUGGAAGGGGGAGGAGGAGGAGGAGGCGAGGAGGAAGGGGAGGCGUUCUUCAAGGUCUUCAAGGAGAAUCUCAGGUUCUUCUCCGCCUACUUCGAGUCGCUGGAGGAAAGCUUCCCAAAGACGAGCAACGAGCGGCUGGCCCUGGAGCGGGAGGCGGGGCGGUCAGUGGUCGACCUGGUGGCAUGCCCCGCGGCGGAGUCAGCCGAGCGCCGGGAUACGGCGGCCGGAUGGUCGAGGAGGAUGCGGUCGGCGGGGUUCGCGCCAGCGGCGUUCAGCGAGGACGUGACGGACGACGUGAGGGCGCUCCUUAGGAGGUACAAGGAAGGAUGGACGAUGCGACCUAUGGCAGAGGAUUCGGAAGACGCAUCCGCCGGCAUAUUCCUGGAGUGGAAAGAGCAGCCGGUGGUGUGGGCGAGUGCGUGGAAGCCGUGAGAGAAGAUGGCGGCAGAGGGAAGAGCGCCGAAGACCAUUUGGCACGUGGGAGGCAGCUAUUUUUUCCUCUUAUUUCUUAUUCGACCCAAAAAAAAAAACGUCGGCACGUGUUUAGAGAUGCAUGCAAUGGAAAUAUGUUAGUACACUAAAAAAAAAAAAAAAUCACAUUUCUAAGGUUCACAUCACAAAUUAUUUUCA